AGGCGAAGCUACACCCAGCAGGGCUGCGCCGGCUGUCGCCGGUGCUCGCUAAUGUCGCCCGGCUUUUUAGCAUUGCAUUAGUUUUGCAUUCAUGCCGCUUUGAACCGACCCUUUACCUCCUCUGGAGCACUCGGCAUACUCCAGAACCUGACACGCUGACAGUGGCCAGGGGAUUCCCCUUCUCGGGCAAGCAUCCCUGCCACCCGGCAACCCCUGGAGUGCCCAGGUUCUCUGAUCGCUGCAGAGAAAUGAUUGGAGGUCCUGGCGCUGUGCAUAUGUCUCUGCUCUCUCCCGCGCCAACAGAGGAAUGUCCUGCGGAAACAGAAACACUGGGAGAAAGUCAUCAUGGCAAAGAAGAGGAAGAGGACACAAGAAAGAGAGAGAAGAAAAGCAAGGCAGGCUGAAGGCAGAGGCACUACAGAACAGCAGAGCAAAAGGGUUCUGAAAGCCAUCAUGAAAGAACGCCUGCUGGAGGCCAAGGAGUCUGGGCCUCGGCUGUGUGUGGACCUCAGCAUGGCUGACCGCAUGACAAAGAAGGAAACGAGCCGCCUUGCUGCUCAGAUCAGGAGACUCUAUGGGGCCAACAAGAGGGCUGAAAAGCCAUUCUGGCUCUAUCUGACAGAGUUUGUGGUGGGCUCAUCGAUCUAUGAGGAGUGCUUCCGCAUGAACGAUGGCUUCUGCAAUUAUUUGAUGGAUACAACUGAAGAAAGUUAUCUUGACCUGUUUCCUUUGGAUAUGAUUGUUUAUCUCACUCCUGACUCCGAGAAUGUCCUUGAAGACAUUGAUCCAAAAAAAGUGUACAUCCUUGGAGGGCUAGUGGAUGAAAGUAUUCAUAAGAAGCUGACCUUGCAAAGGGCACGAGAUCAGUCCUUGCAAACAGCCCGCCUCCCAAUUCGUGAGUACAUGGUGAAAACCAUUAACACCAAGAACUACCACUCAGAGACACUUGCAAUCAAUCAAGUCUUUGAUGUCUUAUCAACUUACUAUGAGACUCGAAGUUGGCCAGCAGCCUUGAGAGCUGGAGUUUCUUCUGGAAAAGGCUAUGUGCUCGCAGAUGCAGUGAAUUAAGUAAAAUUACAUGGCAAAGCACAAGAAAGCUCUUUAUUUUCUGAUGUGAGGAGCUGUGACAGACAACGGAAGCAAACUCCAAAUUUCAAGCAGAGACACCAGCAUGAAUGUGUAUACAGAAACACAGCUCAGCUUAAAUUUGGGAUAAGGACCUUUCAAGAGUGAUAAAUUAAACCUUAGCAGGGUUUUGCUGGAAAUGACUUCUCGCCUUAAAAACAAAACAAAAGCUGGUCGAGCCUUGGAAUCAAGUGAAAACUGAUGGGAAUUCACUUUUGCUUUUUUUGCAGGUUUUUUGGGGGUAUUUGUGUCUUUUACAUUUACACUUGUUCUGGGACAGAGAGACAACUUUAAAGUAUUUCUUUCAUCUUGAUUAAAAGGAAGUAGUGUGACAUUGGAAGGGUGACAGAGUACAGAACACACUUGUAAAGAAAAUCAUCUUUCCCAUCUAAAAGAACAGUGCUGUUCUGAUUGGGGAACACAGGAUGGGAAGUGAUUCCCAGACAAAUGAGAUAACAGCUCCCAGAAGUACCAUGUCCUGUCUUCCCUAAACCAGCUGAAUUAAAGAGUUUAUGAGCUGCUGAAUCCCAUAGCUAAUUUUGUGCAUUCUGCUUACAAUAUACAAUAAAAUGUUUACUCUUCCUGAA